UGCGGUAAGUAGAAUCUACGCGAGGUCCGCGCGCGCGCGCGUAUACGUGCGAGUGGAUGGGCGACUAAUUUUAUUAAACACGAAUGUGUCGAAUCGAGUGAUGAAAGAAGAAACGCUGAUAGACGAUAGCGUGGCACGUGGAAAACGCUUGAAUGAUAAAUAAAUUGACAGGGGGUGAAUGAUCUCACAGUGCCAGCUUGCGAAGCCAGACGAAGCAACUGGCGUGCAGCCGCGAAACCAUUCGUUUAACAUGGCUAUAAUUGGCGUCGCUCGAGGCAAACGACAGAUAAAGUGAUUUUACUGACGAGAAGAAGAACCAGGAUAAUUUUCUCGUGAUCGAAGGAGAGGAUUUACAUUCUUGGGGACGUGGGAUGGCCAGCUACGUGGUGGUGCGCAAAAAAUUUUGCUGAUCCUCGGUGCAUUCGGAGGGAUCCUGCGCUGUGCACGACCGGCAGCGGAAAGAAAAUUUGUCGGCACCAGUAGGAACUUUGAAUUCGAGCGAAGAUAAGAGAAAACGAGGUACUCGACCGGGCUCGUUCAAGUCGGGAGAUGAGGUCUUACGACGGUGAGAGCAGCUCUACAGAGGAUGACGAUAGGAGAGAGGGCCUUCCUGAGGCGCACCUGCAACAAGGAUCUUGGCAGCGUUCGACUUCGCAUCCCACAUGGGCUUGGGAACAUCGCACAGCCCAUCCUUUACCACCACAGUCCACAGCGUCGCUCGAGUCCAUGUACCCUGUUCCGGGAGCGUCUCACGCUAGCGUUUCCGCUCCUCCAGCUGGUUAUUCGUCCGAGCAUCCUCAAAGCGCACCUGGAAGGAGAACUCCUUUGGGCGCAGUUGGCCUGGGCGGCUUUUAUUUCCAGCACCAGCCACAACCGCACGCUUCGUCCAGCGGUCUGUCCGACGAGAACAGGCCGGAUCAAGAGAGGCCAGGAGCAUCGAGACUGAACUGUCCGCCAAAGUCGAAAACCACUCGUCAGGGGAAAAGUAUGCGAUUAAAUAUAAAUGCAAGAGAACGCAGAAGAAUGCAUGAUUUAAAUGAUGCUCUCGAUGAGCUUCGAUCCGUCAUCCCUUACGCUCAUAGUCCGUCCGUGAGAAAACUAUCUAAGAUCGCCACCCUCCUCUUGGCGAAAAAUUACAUUCUCAUGCAAGGAAACGCUUUGGAGGAACUGAAAAGAGUAAUAGCGGUUCUGCAGUCACCUCACGCUCACACCACUGCUUUGCCACCGACACCUGUCUCGUAUGAUUUGCUGCACGGGUUUCCAGGCAAAUUGUUCCAAGGUGUGCCAGAUAUGCCGGGACUUCCGACCACCGAUCCUCAGAGCGUCACUGCGGGCGGUCCUCCUACUGACGGUACAGUUGCCAGCGGAGAAUCCAAUUAAAGCAUCUUUUUUCUUUAAUCGACGAAUGUGUAACGCAGGUAGGAUCAAAGGUUGGAUCGGGAAGUGAGAGGAGUCAGGGAUAUCUAAAGACUUCUUAUUCCUAAUAGGACGGAAUUAGUAAUAAGUACUACUUUUAGCAUUGAUAACGAUUUUGAUGAAUAUAUCGCGGAAGUAUUCGGUGACACGCAACACGAUUAAUCUUCCAGGAAUCGAACAUCACAUUUUACCAUUAAGACUGUAUACACACAUACAUACAAACAUACAUACAUACAUACACGUACAAUACAUACAUAUAUGAACACCAGAACGCACGAUGCGACGUAUUAUUACGCGAUGAAAGUAUUACUAUAAACAAUUUGCGAACGAGUGUAACGAGUUCGAUAAACGUGAAGUCAAUAUUAGUCCAUAUGGUUGAUGAUCCUAAGAUGAAAGUUUAUGAAAGUACGAUACUAGUAAUUAAGAGUAUAAUCAUUCAAAGUCGGUAAGAUUUACCGAGAAGAGCAAUAACUGACAGCAUAUUUCUGUCUCUGGUGAACGAAGGUCGAUCCUCAAGACAAGAAUAAAUGAUCUAUCUCAAUGAAUUUUAUUUUUACUUUUAUAUUAUUCUUUGUCUCACAUUUUCAAGCGUCAGACAUUAACAAUGUACACGUAACUGCCAGAGAGAGAAAUGAUGUAAGGAUGAGGAACGAAACUUCCAAAUCCCGUCCCGCAACGCGAUAGUCAAUAUAGCAUGUGAUACAUGUCGAGAUAAUUACUAUAUAAUAUAUUCUAGUCAUACACGCGUACAGAUCAUAAAUAUUCAUAUACAUAUUAUAUAUACAAUAUAUAGAAAUAUAUAUAUAUAUAUAUAUAUUUAAUAACUCGAAUCGAGCUAUCGAUCAUACAACUUAUUUAUAUACACAUAAGGCGUUUAUAUAAUAAGAAUUUACUACGAUGUGCCAAGGAUACAUCCAUUCUUUCUCCGUGGGUCUAACAGAACGGUUCUAAACGAAGGGACGAAAUUGUUCAGGUAUAAUUAGUUAGAAUUUAUGUACUUAGGAAUAUUUCGCCCUUCGAUAAGUCCAGGUGAAAACCAUGUGAAAGAUUUAACAACGCCGUUACAAUGGCAAGCAAUAACGAUUAUUAUAUUAUAUGUACGUAUAAAAUUCCUAGUGACGGUGAUAAUAUUAAACAACAAUAAAGGCGUGGCGGUAUAACGCUAACGAGGAGAACAAGCGAACAUGUUUGUUCUAGAGUGUAGAUAUCAUUGUUUAGUGCUCGAAUAAAAUCUAUUUAAGAAAGUUAUGAGCCGACCGAACGAUCGAUACACCGAUAACGUUAAUUUAGUAUAGGGUAGCAUAUUUAAUUAUUUAUUACGUGAAAUUUAACUUUUAAUCUAUUAUUUUUAAAUAUAUAACAUACAAGUCAACCGGUGUAAAAAGGAGUUGCAUGUAAUGCUAAAUCUCAGUCAUAAGUGAAUAGCUUUUGAUUCCUAGUAAUUAGAAUAUUCUGUAAAUUAAUUAUAAACGACUGAAAAAAGAUAAUUAAAAUUGUAUAUAAAAUAAUUCGUCUGCUACGCGCUCGAUUAAUUGUAAAUUCGAUUCGAUUAUAAUAUUCGUUCAAAAUCCUUUGUCGUUUCGUUACAAAGUACAGAUCUUGAUAUGUAGAAUUGUGAGGAAAUAAAAACUGCGUAUCGCAGGGUAUUAAAAAUAGAAUGAAA